AUGAGGAGGAUAGUAGUGGAGGAAGAAAGCGAUGAAUCCGAAGAGGAAAGUGAACAUGAGCAGCCCGUGAAACCUCCACCAUCGAAAUCGCACAGCAAAAUUCCAAAGGAGAAGGUAGAGGUCAAAAGUACGGAGACGGCCAUUGAUCUGUUGCUUGAUCUGGACUUCUCUGCUGCUGGAAGUCGACAAGUCAUUGAACCUGAACUUGUUUCGACGAAACCGCGGUCAUCUCUCAAUACAUAG